AUGAAAUCUCAUUGUCGAGCCUCUGUAACUAUUACUAAAAGUAAACGAGACGUUACCGCAAGGCAACAUCAGAGAAGAGCUACAACUAGCAGUGAGAAAGAACAGGAUGCAGAAAGGCAACGUCAGAGAAGAGCUGUAGCUGCUGCAACAAGCAGUGAGAAGGAACGAAAUGCAGAAAGGCAACGUCAGAGAAGAGCUGCUGCAACCAGUGGUGACAAAGAACGGGAUGUAGAAAGGCAACGUCAGAGAAGAGCUAUAGCUGCUGCAACAAGUAGUGAGAAGGAACGAAAUGCAGAAAAGCGACGUCAGAGAAGAGCUGCUGCAACAAGAAGUAGUGAGACGGGACGAAAUGCAGAAAGACAACGUCAGAGAAGAGCUAUUGGUACUAGUAGUGAAAAAGAGCAAGAGGCACAAAGACAACGACGAAAAAGAACUAGUGCAACCUGCAAUGAAAGAAAACAGGACGCAAAGAGAAAACGACUAAACAGAGUCCUUUCAGGUAGCCUUGAAAAAGAACAACAGACGAAAAUACACUCUGAAAACAGUGCUACUGGAAGGAGCUGUAACGAAACGCGGAAAAGAAGCCUACCAGAAUCAACGUCACGCUCAUUGUUCACCAUUUUACUGUCUCUCGAAAACCCAGAAAGGCGAAUGGCAAUGCAGGUUUGGAUUUCCUAA